AUGUCUGACCCCGGCACCAGCUACCGAACCCGUGAAGAGAUUCAGCAGGUACGCAAAACUCGUGAUCCGAUCACUGGUUUCAAAGAUCGCCUCAUCACGUCAGGCUUGGCCACUGAGGAUGAUCUCAAAGCAGUGGAUAAAGAAGUUCGCAAGGAAGUGGAUGAGGCUGUCAAAACGGCUAGCACAUCGGCGUUGAUGCCUGAGGAGGGAAUUUAUACCGACAUAUACCACAACACCGAACCGCAGCUUGUGCGUGGUUCUACCGUCGACGUUUCGCAUGUACAGAAGUUUGUUCACUCUGCCGAUCUUCUGAAGUCAGUCAGUAAAUAA